CUCGUACAUUUCCGGAAGAAGCGGAAGACAACAGUGGAGUUUCACAGCGCAUAUGUGUUAGUUUCAAUCAAGAAAACUGAAGCAGACAUUUUAAUUCCAGUCGUUUGACAGCCGAACAUCUAAACUGUCAACAUGUUUUCCUUCCAACUCAUCGACCACCCGAUGGCCCGGGGCUUUCAGAACCGCUUCUCCACUCAGUACCGCUGCUACUCGGUGUCCAUGCUGGCUGGUCCAAACGACCGCUCCGAUGUGGAGAAAGGAGGCAAAAUAAUAAUGCCGCCGUCAGCUCUCGACCAGCUCAGCAGGCUUAACAUCACCUAUCCAAUGCUGUUCAAGCUGACCAACAAGAACUCAGACAGAAUGACACAUUGUGGUGUUCUGGAGUUUGUGGCAGACGAGGGAAUCUGUUAUCUGCCACAUUGGAUGAUGCAGAAUCUCCUGCUAGAAGAAGGUGGUCUGGUCCAGGUGGAGAGCGUUAACCUCAUGGUUGCCACUUACUCAAAGUUUCAGCCUCAGAGCCCCGACUUCCUGGAUAUCACAAACCCCAAGGCUGUGCUGGAGAAUGCACUCAGAAACUUUGCGUGCUUAACAACUGGUGAUGUCAUAGCGAUCAACUACAAUGAAAAGAUUUAUGAGCUACGAGUGAUGGAGACUAAGCCAGACAAAGCAGUAUCCAUCAUCGAGUGCGACAUGAACGUGGAUUUUGAUGCUCCUUUGGGUUACAAAGAACCUGAACGACGACGUCAUCACCAGGAAGAACCGACAGAGGAAGAAGGAGAUCCCAGCAGUUACGCUGACAUGGACAUGGGAUUCAGAGCUUUCACUGGCUCUGGUAAUCGCUUGGAUGGUAAAACAAAAGGAAUUGAGCCCAGUCCUGCUCCUCUCACCGCAAAUGACAUCAAAAGAGGCAUUCCCAACUACGACUUCAAAGUUGGCCGAAUCACUUUCAUCAGAAACUCCAGGCCUCAGCCCAGGAAAAUUGUAGAUGAUGAUGAUGCCAUGAACAGAUUCAUCGCCUUUUCUGGACAAGGACAGUCACUACGCAAGAAAGGCCGAAAGCCUUGAAGAACCACAAAUGGAGAGGCUGGUUAAUGAGCACAGGUCACAGGUCUUUUGUCAGCAGCAAAGUAAAAUAAAAAAAAAAAAAGAAAGGUCUUCAGAUGCAUUGGAAUUUUGCCUCUCUGUUGCUUUUAAAUGGGAGUUUUUGCUGUGACUUUGGAUUAUAAAAAAACUCUGACAGCAAUGUUUUGCUCAAAAAACACAAAACUGAGCUGCAGAAAAAGCUGUCAGCUGUAAUUUAGUAUUCACAAGUUCAGGGUGACAGAUUUGAGCCAGGCAGAAUAGAUUAUUUCAGCAACACAAAGAAUAUCUUGUGAAUUAUUGCUGUAAAGAUAUCAGAUUUGAUUUAGUUUUGACUUUGAGCAACCCGCCCUUUUCUGUUGUUUUUACAUUUUCACAAUUCAAUUUGAACAUGCUGUUAUCCAGAAUCCCUUCUAAAAUGGGAGCAAUAAUACUUUUGUUUUUAAUGAUUAAGAAAAUAAUAUUAUGUUUGAAUUUUUUUCCUGGAAUGUAGAAAUCAUUUGCAAGGUUUUCCAGUUUUUUCCUGGUUUAUUUAUGAACAAAUAAAGGAUUGUGUUUUGAAAUAAAUAGCAGCAAAUAGUUUUUGUAAUGCUGUUGGUUGUACAUGAACGACCAAAACGAGAGUGGAAAAUGACGAGUUUGCUGCACAUGCACACAUUUAUGAAUGCAUAAGGAAAUGAUUAGUGACUGGGUAAUUCAUUAUAAUUAGGUGUGACGGUAUAAAUACAUAAAAUGGCAAGUGAUGAUAAUUUAUUAUCAAUGGAUGAUAGAAACCACCAAUGUGUAAAAAAUGUCUAUAUUUGUCCAGAACAUGUGCUUGGGUUCAAUCUUAAAUAAACUGUUAAAGCAGU